AUGCGGUCAAUACCGUUGGGUAACAACCUUUUAUUGUUAGCUGUAUUUUCUUUUUGGAUUGUGGAUGCACGUCCAUCUGAACACUUUCUUUCCUUCUCGAAAAUAGAACUGUGCGCAGCUGAACCACAUCUGAAAGUCUGUCAAUCAAAUGGAAACAAUAAAGCUCAGAGCUCGAAAAUCAUCAACGGAGAUGGUUUGAGUGCAGAUAGAUUGGAAGAACUUUCCAAACAUUCUAAUAGAGGAUUCAUUGAAGAAGAGGGUACUUCAGGCAGAUCUUCUGGAGGUUCAGAUGUUGCUGCUGAUCCGUUUGAACAAGUUUCUACAAGAGCUCCUCCAUCUUCUCGUGACUACGACGAAGAACGAUAUUCUAGAAGAAGACAUCGGAAGAAGCAUCAUAAGCAUCACCGUGGAUACUAUGGAUCUCCAUAUACCCAGUACUACCAGCAGAGACAUGAUCCUUCUGUCUAUCGUGUCUAUCCUGGUCUCCAUCCAAAAGAUGGAAGAUAUUGUUCUGAUAUGAAAGCGAUGUUUGCGUACACUUGUGCACCGAGUAAACCCCUCCGAAUUGAUCUUGUUGAGUUCUGUAAAGAUUAUGCUGCAUUCUGCAACGUUCCAAACUUCCAUAGACUACCAGGACCACGCAUGGGACCACCGUUAACCGACAAGGGAGUUGGACAUGUCGAUGUAAACGGUCACUUCGGAUUCGGUGUCGGAGCCGUUCCGGGACUCGAAGUCGGAGUUGGAUGGGGUGUCGAUGUGGGGCCAAUUCCAGGAAUGGGUGAAAGUGUGGGAGUUGGAGUUGGACUUGAUUUGGGUAUUAUGGGAUCGAAGACUCCAGAAGCUUUCCGUCGUGGACAAGAUGAUCCAAACGCAAAAGGAGGUGGUAUUGUUGGAAUUAAUGGAGGAGUUGGAGUGAAAGCACCAGGAACUGGAGAUGGAGUUGGAGUUGGUACAGGACUUGGAGUCGGAAAAUGA